UAAAGCAAUCAUGGCGCAAUACAAGUUCGAAGGUGAUUUUGAAAGCCUAAACGAACCCCAACUGGAGUUCGUCAAUAAAGUGGUAGAAAAACAAGGUUUAAAAGCUAAAAGAGUAAUUUUCAACACAGUUGGGAAAGCCGGUGAUAAUUUUGUAGGAAAUGUUAAGAGAAUCACCAUAGAAGGUGAAGAUGGAAGCAUGAAAAUGAUUGUCAAAAUCGCCGCUACAGAUGAAAUGGCUCGACACACAACCAAUCAUGAAGUUACGUUUCGCAAUGAACACAUCAUGUACACAGAGGUAUUGCCUAAAUUCGUGCAGCUGCAGAAAGCAGCAGGAAUACCAGAAAAGGAUCUAUUUAGGUUUGCAAAAUGCUAUGGAUCUUUCAACGAACCUCCCAAUGAAGUUAUUAUAUUAGAAGACUUGAAUGAAUCACAAUUCAGUAUGCUGGAUAAGUUUGAAUCAUUGUCCAAUGAAUGUGUGAGAAAGGUACUAAAAGACUUAGCUGUGUACCAUUCUCUUUCAUUCGUUCUGAAGAAGCAAGAACCGAAAAAGUAUGAAGAGUUUAAAAAGAAACUGACAGAUGGUUGGAAUGUAGUGUUCUCAAACCCUUUGAUGAAUAAUCACUGGAAAUUAUUGGAAGCUGAUACUGUAAAAGUUCUUGGUGAUAAGCAUAAACAUUUAAUUGAAAAUAAACUUAUUAAAAUGUUCAAAGGGCGGGCCCAGUUGGUAGCAAGUGGAAGUCAAAGACAUAAUGUUAUUCAACAAGGAGAUGCGUGGACGAAUAAUAUUAUGUUUAAAAUGGAAGGUGACUCAAUACAAUCCAUCAUGAUCGACUACCAAUUUGCAACCGACGGUAACCCAACACUUGAUCUCCUCUACAUCAUCUUCAACUGCACCGAUCACGAAACCAGGUCCAAACACUAUCCCAGUUGGAUAGACCAUUACUAUUCGGAACUAGACAAGUCACUAUCGAAUUUUGGACUAAAAGCUGCCAUAGUUUACCCAAGAAACCAGAUGGAUGCAGAUAUAAAGAAAUACGCUCAAUUCAUGUUCUAUCAUUGUAUAUUAUUUGCUACUCUUCUAAUGAGGGAUCCGACAGAAGCGACGGAAAUUUUGGAGUCGUUCAAAAAAGCGCAUUUAGAUGACGCCACAGCAACUUUGAAGUCGGAGAACUUGCAGAGUGCGACUGUUGGGAGGAUCAAGGGUAGAAUAGAGGGUGUUAUUGCUAGCUACGAACAGUUUGGGUUGUUUUAAAUUAUGUUGUUUGUAUAAAUAGUGUGUGAUAAGACUACUUCUGUCAAUUUAAGCGAUAGAAGUUCCGAAACACUUAUUAAAAAUUAUCACUUUACAUGCUACAUGGUAAUGGAUGGAUGGAUGGAUAUGGCCUGAACCCAGGAUUUUAUAGUUUAUUUAUUUGUUUGUUAAUCAGUAAAUAAUAAGUAUUUCUAAAUAAAUAUUUUUUUAA